UAAGGGUUUCUCUCUGUGUUCUCCCAACUUCCGAGAUAAAACGCUGUGAAACCCGGAAAAUGCUUCUAUUCCUCAAAGGAUUAUCAUAUCUGCAAAACUUUCUGACCUGUUUAGUAGUUCUUUCCGUGAAUUUCGGCUAAUUUGACUGCUGUUGGUAUCUUCUGUUUGGCUUAAAAGCUUGGAAUGGCGAAACAUUGCACACCCCAAAAUCUGUUUUCUACUGAUCAAAGAUGAUACGAUGGUAGAUCUAUGGGGUGACACCGGUCAAGACCAGAUCGAGUGGAUUUGCAAAUUACGAUAUGAUGGAUUUGAGCACAAAAGAAUUGGGGAUCUAAUUCCGCUCUCGAAAAUCGAGUUGCCAAAUGGACUGGAAGCAACGUUUGGUGAAAUCAUAGCACUGGCAGGAGAUUUGUACGGCAUACCAGAAGAGCCCAUCAUUCACCCUACCCAGGUAAAAAGCGGUCCCGAACGCCAACGACGCUUUCAUGCCGCAUACAGCACGCUGGCCUACGUACCUAAACAUGAAAUUGAAGAAGAAUACAUGAAGCUUUUAGAUCUCUUAAGCAAAGAAAGCUAUCAAGGUAAACCUCUUGCACCACAAAUAUGGGACAAAGGAACCGGAGGCAAGUGGAUUUAUGGUGGUGUCCCAUACAAAUUCGGAAGGAUGUUGAAAUUAGCCCUUCAUAACUACGACCAUUUUAGCCCUCGCGCUAAAGAAGCCUAUCUAGCUGGCCACCACUUGGCCGUUGAUAAAGCCAGAGAAUCAAGUGAAAAAUACUGGGACGAACGGAGCAGACUACUAGAUGAAGCACUUUCUUUGGAUGCAUUUGGUUGCCAUUUCUGAACAGACAGUUUUUCAAGUGGACAUAUAUAUUAAGUAACUAAAUAAUUACGUGGUUUUAGUACUAGUCCAAUGUUAUGGCUUUAACUUAAGUUUUCUGAAUUCGGGCUAACUUUCAGUUAGUCGACCAGACCACGCUGAAUCCAUCUGAACGCAUAAC